AUGUCAAGAGCACGUUCGUCGCGCCUCCCCUCGACGGCCCUCCUCAUCCUCUUCUCGCUCCUCACAAUCUCAACGGCCUUCUCCCUCCCACAAACGGAAAGCCACUCGCUUGCCACGCGCCAGACCAACACCUCCAACCCCCUCUGCCUGCAAUACAGCACGAUAGCAAACCUCUCGAUCGUCGGCUCCAAUGCGACCUAUCGCUCGGCCUACCUCCAAGCGUCGCCCGAGGGGGGUGACCCCGCCCGCGCUCCGCUCGACUCGGCGAUGACCGAACUGCCGGACUGGCAAUUCAACAAGACGAUCAAUGACGAGUGCGGGAACUUGACGACCGUGGCGUUCGAGAGCGCGGAAACGAAUUUCACGAACGGCAUCGUGCUGCAGUUCAAGAUUGGGGCCGUCAAUUCUGCGGUACAAUUGGGGGGAAGCGUGCUGGGGAAGGGGUUGAUCAUGGGCAUUGUAUCGUUAGGGUUGUUGGUCUGA